AUGACCGUGGUAGCAGGAGAUAACAUGGACGAGACCUCGGCCGUCCCGUGCCACCCUCAGGACACCUACCACCCGGACCACAUUGACCACGAAUGCUGCGAGAGGGUGGUCAUCAACAUAGCCGGCCUCCGGUUUGAGACACAGUUAAAUACUCUCUCCCAGUUUCCAGAGACUUUGCUGGGCAACCCCAAAAAGCGGAUGCGGUACUUUGACCCUCUGAGAAACGAGUACUUCUUUGACAGAAACCGCCCCAGCUUCGAUGCCAUCCUCUACUACUAUCAGUCCGCGGGCCGGCUGAGAAGACCAGUGAAUGUCCCUUUGGAUAUGUUCUCAGAAGAAAUCAAAUUUUACGAGCUGGGAGUGGAUGCGAUGGAGAAGUUUCGUGAGGACGAGGGUUUCAUCAGGGAGGAAGUGCGUCCUUUACCCGAGAAGGAGUUCCAGCGCCAGGUGUGGCUCCUCUUUGAGCACCCGGAGAGCUCAGGCCCAGCGAGAGGGAUUGCCAUCGUGUCCGUGAUGGUAAUCCUGAUUUCAAUCGUCAUAUUUUGUUUAGAGACUUUACCACAGCUGAAAGAGGACCCGAGGGGUCGCAUGGUGACAGUUGGGAACACUACAGUUUAUUAUAAGCCAAAUAUCCUCACUGACCCCUUCUUCGUCAUCGAGACACUCUGUAUAAUCUGGUUCUCCUUUGAGUUGAUUGUACGCUUUAUAGCGUGCCCGAGCAAACCGGCCUUCUUCAAGAACAUGAUGAACAUGAUCGACAUAGUGGCCAUCAUCCCCUACUUCAUUACGCUCGGCACCGAGCUGCAGGCUGAAGACCCAGAGAAAGAAGGAGUGGGGGAGCAGGCAACAUCUCUGGCCAUACUCAGGGUGAUCCGUCUGGUCAGGGUGUUCAGGAUCUUCAAGCUGUCACGACACUCCAAAGGACUGCAGAUUUUGGGGCAGACCCUCAAGGCCAGCAUGCGAGAGCUCGGAUUGCUGAUCUUCUUCCUGUUCAUCGGAGUCAUCUUGUUCUCCAGCGCUGUCUACUUUGCUGAGGCGGAGGAGCAAGGAUCCUACUUUGGCAGCAUCCCGGAGGCGUUUUGGUGGGCUGUGGUGUCCAUGACAACUGUGGGCUAUGGGGACAUGGUCCCGGUCACUAUAGGAGGCAAGAUUGUAGGAUCUCUGUGCGCCAUCGCCGGAGUGUUGACAAUUGCGCUGCCAGUGCCUGUCAUUGUGUCCAACUUCAACUACUUCUACCACAGGGAGACCGAGGGAGAGGAGCAGGCCCUGCUGCUCAACGUCAGCAACCCCAACAUCCCCUCUGAAACCAACUCCAGCCGCCGUAGUUCAUCCACCGUCAGCAAGUCAGAGUACAUGGAGAUUGAUGGAGACAUAAACAAUAGCAUCGACAACUUUAGGGAGGCAAACCUCAGAACUGGCAAUUGCACUAUAGCCAACCAAAACUGUGUAAAUAAAAGCAAGCUGCUUACAGAUGUUUAG